AUGGCAUCUCAUGAAGAACUAGCAGCGCUCAAGCGGGAGAACGAGGCACUGAAGGCCGCACUUCUCGAGGUCCAGAUCGAACGAGACAAAGCAAGAGACCCGAGCCUACGUUUCGAACCCUCGUACGAGCCAGAAGACCAAACACCGAUAACCUGGUCGAUUGGCUACACCAAUGAGAUGAUAUGGAGAGCGCAGAUCAGGGACGAUGGGAUGAAUGUCAUUUCGAGUAAACCUGCAGCAAACUUGGUUAUUGAAAGGUGGCCACGCAAGAAGGAGAUAAUGAUACAUCGCAAGAUCGAGGAUGGGCAUUUCCGGGACCACAUGAACAAUAUCCUCAAUACCGGCCAGUUAUUCAAGUUCGCUCAUCUGAAGUACCGCUGCUUUCUCGUGUCCCUAAACGGCCUGGCUGUCUACGCUCCCCCAGAACAACCGGUGCUCGACAUGGCUUCGGCGGACAAACAGCUCAAACGAGAAAUCGGUGUCGCCAGUGAUAUCACUCCUCCAACCUAUCGAGGAAAACAGGGAACAUUUGUGACGCGGCGAGCAGGAAAACCUGCGUAUUUCAAAGCAAUUAUGCCUAAGCCGGAUGACCCAGAUAAGGAUCAGUACCUUUUCGUGGCAGCUGAUGGCACGAAGUUGAACCCAGGGUUUAUCAUCACUGAUCCUGAACACACCAACAAAGACACGGAUUUCUGGCUGCGGCUUGCUGACAAGUUGCGAAGUCAUUUUGGAGCAAGAGUUAACACGAUCCGAUCUGAGUUUGAGUAUCUUAAUGCAAAAUGGGCUAAUCAGCAGAAGUCCUGGGAGUGGGAGGUCAUCUGCCGUGCACGCGAAAACCCAUCCGUAAGAUGGCCGGCAGGUACCACCCAGGAGCUGAUGAAAACACUCAAGUACUACGAUGUUAUAUCAGACUCGGAUACACCCAUCCAGGACACAUUGAUUCCUGCAAGCCAACCACCCGUGGUUAGACCCGUGUCGAAACGGUCCUUCGAGAGACUUGCGCAGUAUGUCUACAGCGAUACGGAGGAUACUUACUUAGAGGCAGGCCGGCCGGUGCCUGAUAUACCAGAGUUUAACGAGAACUUCGCCGAUAACAUGGAAAGGAUCGAGAAUCUGUUCGCUGAGCUUGGAUACCGUUGGGGUGAUUUAGAGGAGGACUGGAAGAGUGGGUGA